CUUCUUCACAUCGUUCUCUUUGUCGCUCCUUUGCGCCCCCUCGCCUUGGUGUGUGUGUUCGUGUGUGUGUGUGUGUGUGUGUGUGUUCCCGUUGGGUUCCCAUUACCUUUCCCUUCUCUCUCGCUGGUUGUUCCCUUGCGUACUUGGCUAGGCCGUCCCCCCCGAUUCGAUAGGGCGCAACUUAUCCCAGAAUCCACGCGACAACAACACAAAUCCCCUCGCCCGAUCCCACCGCUUCCGCCAGCUCCGUGCUUUAUAAACUUGUCCUCUGCACGAAUACGACGACGACAACGACGACGACCAACAUCGACCCCCCAAAUCGACAAACAUAACACAUCUCCCGCAAAAACAUGGGUAACCCCGACUGGCUCCAGGCCGGCGCGCCGACGCUCGACCGCCCUUUUGGCGUGGCCCUGUGGCCCAUUUUCGAAAAGGCGUUUGAGUCCAUUGCGGGCUACAAGCCGCAGGACUUCCGCUUCGUGCAGGGCGAGACGCCGCUUUCGACCUUCAAGACGUGUGUCGUGACGCUCAUGGCAUACUACGUUGUAAUUUUCGGCGGGCGCGAGCUCAUGCGCAAUCGCGAGCCCUUCAAGCUCAGCUUUCUGUUCAAGGUGCACAACUUCUACCUGACGGCCAUUAGCGGGGCGCUGCUGCUGCUGUUCGCCGAGCAAUUGAUCCCCACGGUGGUUAGGAAGGGUCUUUUCUUCGCCAUUUGCGACCACCAGGGUGGAUGGACCGACAAGCUUGUCAUUCUCUACUAUCUCAACUACCUCACCAAGUUCCUCGAGCUGAUUGACACUUGCUUCCUGUUCUUGAAGAAGAAGCCCCUGACUUUCCUCCACACCUACCACCAUGGUGCGACGGCCCUGCUUUGCUACACGCAGCUCAUCGGCCACACGCCCGUGUCAUGGCCCGUGAUUACGCUCAACUUGGCGGUCCACGUCGUCAUGUACUGGUACUACUUCCAGAGCGCGCGAGGCAUCCGCAUCUGGUGGAAGAAGUACAUUACGGUUGGACAAAUCACGCAGUUUGUGCUUGACCUUGGCUUCAUCUACUUUGCGUCGUGGACCUACUUCACCAGCACCUACUGGCCACACCUCCCCAACAUGGGCAAGUGUGCUGGCGAGGAAUUUGCGGCCAUCUCGGGCAUCUGCAUCAUCACGUCGUACCUGUUCCUGUUCCUCGCCUUCUACUUUGCCACGUACAAGAAGCCGGUGCCCAAGGGCCGCCGCCGGGCUACCAGCGCAUUGGUGGAGAUGAAGGACGAGAAGGUGCCGACUGUUGGCGAGGCCCGCAGGCGCCUGUCGAUUACGCGCGGCGCUGCCCUCAACGGCGUUGCGACGGGCACGUCGGCGAAUGGUACGCCCAACGGACGGGCUACCCGCAGCCGCAAGGCAUAAGCGACGGCGACCAUGGUGGUGUCUGCCGAGGUGCGUCGCUUAGCCGGCAACGACGGUUGGGGCGGCGCAGCUUCGCACAUGGACGUCUGGCAAAGAGGAGCCACCAGCGUGGCCGGGCUCCUGGGACUUUAUUCUUGCUACGGUAUGGCCGCAAGGGGCCAGCGGUUUUGAUACUUGUUGUAAUUGCUAUGUUUGGGGCCGGACGGUUUGGUCGGGCCCCGUGUUACGAUAAAAGCAUGUAAGCGCAUGGUUGGUCGGAUUGCGUUACGACAACUCUGGUGUUGGUAUGGGGCUUUGGCAUGGGGCGGUCUGCGCACUCGUAGAAGAAGAAGACACUCGAACGAAACAUAAUGCAUAAUAGUCAGAAG